UUUUAUAUAUAUAGCACAUUAUUAGCAACUCCUACUUAGCUUCUCUCAAAAUAAUUAAACAAAGAAAGAUCAUCGAUCAUGGGUGACAACAAGAAUAAUGUGAACCUCCCACCCGGAUUUCGAUUCCGUCCGACCGAUGAAGAGCUCAUCGUCCAUUUCCUACAACGUAAAGCUUCUCUUUUGCCUUACCACCCUGACAUCAUCCCGGAUCUUGGUCUUUAUCCUUAUGAUCCAUGGGACUUAGAUGGCAAAGCGAUGGUAGAAGGGAAAAAAUGGUAUUAUUUCAGCCGAAAGUCGCAAAAUCGAGUAACUGCGAACGGGUAUUGGAAAUCAUGUGGCGGAGAUGAACAAAUAACGUGUUCAUCAUCAAAUGGUAGCAAUAAUAAAAGAAUUGGUGUGAAAAAAUAUUAUGUGUUUCAUGUUGGGGAAGCUCCAGAAGGAGGUAUGAAAACUAAUUGGACAAUGCAGGAAUAUCGGAUUUCUGAUACUAGUGCCAAUAAUUCCUCUGCUAGAUCAAGAAGAAGAGACAACAACAACAACAACUCUAAACUUGAUUGGGUUAUAUGCCGUGUGUAUGAGCAAAACUACGAUGACGAAGAUGAUGACGGGAUGGAGCUUUCUUGUUUAGAUGAAGUUUUCUUGUCAUUAGAUGAUUUUGAUGAUAUUAGUUAUCCAAACUAGAAAAGAAAAUUUAACAGAAAUUACAUUCCUUAGUAAAUUGUUAAAUCUUUCAUUAUAGUUGAUAAAGAUAUUUGUUAUGGUAAUGUUAAGCAAAUUACACUAUUGUAGUGAUAAACAAUGAGGUUUAUAAACGACUUAACAUUGUAACUACAAAGUGAAUUUAUUAUUUUGGGACGUUGUACAAAAUAAUUAAUUAAUGGAAAAAGUAUUUUGUGUAAUUAGCAUAUAUAA